GACAGCAACCACUUUAAACUAAAGUUAACACCUUUAUAUUCCCAAACACUUUUGCCGUCCUCUCCUCACAAACCCUAAAAAGCUUCUCUCUUCUCUUCUGCUUGAAGGAUUCCGAUUUGCCUCCUUGAAAAUUUCCAAUGACGAAGAAACUCAAUCCACUGGAAGAUCCACCAACGGCAACUUCAAGCGACGAAGAUGACGUCGAGACUUCCGAAGCUGGUGAAGCUUCAGACGAUUCCUCUUCAUCUGAAGAAGACGUACCAAUCAAAAUUCGAAUCAAAUCCCCUUCCGCCACAACCGCCGCCGCUCCUCCAGCUAAAUCCACCGCCGUCUCCACCGCCGCUGAUUCAGAUUCUGGAUCCGAGACUGAAACAGAUUCGGAUUCUGAAUCAACAAAUCCACCGAAUUCUGGAUCUGGGAAGACAAUCGCUUUAAACACAGUGAAUCUAAAGAAGAAAGAGGAUCCAACGUCGUCGUCAGCUACUUUAGCUUUACCGGCGAUGAAAUCAGGAACAAAACGGCCAGCGAGUGAAGCUGCUGCUACGACUUCAACGAAACGAGUGAAGAAAGAUGAAGAGAGUGUGAAGAAACCAGGAGGUUUUCAAAGACUAUGGAGUGAAGAAGACGAAAUCUUAGUGUUACAAGGAAUGAUUGAUUUCAAAGCUGAUACAGGGAAGUCUCCUUAUGUAGAUACUAAUGCGUUUUACGAUUUCUUGAAGAAAUCGAUUAGCUUUGAGGUUAGUAAGAAUCAAUUCAUGGAUAAGAUUAGGAGUUUAAGGAAGAAGUAUAUUGGUAAAGAAGGAAGGAACGAACCUAGUUUUGUGAAAGCUCAUGAUAAGAAAGCUUUUGAAUUGUCUAAGUUUAUUUGGGGACCUAAAGGAAUAGCUCUUGAUUCUAAUGUUAAGUCGAACGGUGUAUCGAAAAAGAGUGUGGCGAAGAAGAAGAUUGAUUCUGUUAAGCAAGAGUUGGUGUUUGCCGGUGGUUCUUCAACUAAUGGUAAAAAAGUUGAAGAAGAUGGUGGUGAUGAUGGAUGUGAUUGGUUUGAUAACUCGUCUCUUGUUAGGAUGAUUGCUAGUUUGGGUGUUGAUGAGUAUUAUGUGAAGCAGCAAUGGAGUUUGGUUUCGGUUGAGAGUAAGAAGAUUGUUGAAGAGAAGUAUAAGUUGUUGCAAGCUAAGGAGUUGGAAUUUGUGUUGGAGAAGACUAAGUUUUUGAAUGAGGUUGCUUCUAUGUUCGUUGAAGCUUCUAAGAACAAGCCAUUAGAUACAUAGAUUUAUCGGUUUUUUAAAAUCGGAAUGCUAUUGCCAAUGCCUUCUUUUGUUUUCGAUUUAGGAUUUACCCUCUCUUUUUUUUGUCUUCUUCACUUUUUAUCUUUCAAUGUAACUUUCUGGUUAUUUUAUCUUUGUUAAACUCUGUUAUGGAUUUGUAGCUUAAAUAUGAUAAAAUUGCUUAAGGCCAGAUUCUGUGAAACAUGGACAAGAACAGAGCAAGUUAUGUUGAAUUGACUCGUGUAAUUCGUGAAACAGAACAUAGCAAGUCCAAGUUGUG